AUGGAGCGACGUUCAAGACGCGGGGAAAAAACCAAGGAAGAGAUCCGUCAAGAAUACUUGCGCGUGCGGGCUGGCGGUCGUCGCCAACUUAAGGAUUACGAGGACAAGAUCUACGAUGAAGUUUCGGAAGACCAGUAUAAAGCUGUUGUAAAGGGGAGACUACAAGAGGACGACUUUGUCGUCGACGAUGGCGUUGGCGGUUAUGUGGACAAUGGUAUGGAUGAAUAUGGUCAGGAAGACGAAUUUGUAUCAGACGUGGAGGAGAAGCGCGUGGAUAAGAAGCGCAAAACGAAGAAAGAAAUUCGUAAAGCAAAGCCUGCCCCACCACCCCCAGCUGCGCCCUCAAUAAGUGCCUACAGACCCGCAGUGACCGCUGAACAGGAGAACGACUUGAUGGCGUCUCUUUUGGGAAGCAUGGAUGCCUUCCCCAUCAUGACGCCCUCAAAGCCUCGCAAACGCAAACCCGAACCCGCGUUUUCUUCGUAUCCUGCUCGACCAUACGACGAGGCUUCUUCUGAUUACUACAGUGAUGGCCCCUUGGGCGCAUCAAGCGACGAUUUCCCCAUGAGUCCAGCCAAGCGUAUCAAGACCGAUGCGCCAGACAUGACCCCAGAUGUGGACAAACUUGCCGAGUUGAAUGUGCACAGCGACUACGACUUUUCUGACGUGGAUAUGGAUCAGUUUAUGGACAUGGACGACUUGGAGGAGGAGAUCAAGCCCGUAGUGAAGAGGAAGACAGCUCAGAAUGCCGCCAAGAAGGAGGAAACUAUCAACGCCUCUUGGAUGUCCUUCCGGGACAAUCUUAAUGUCGUCGAUGAAUCUCCAACGAAGGCCUCGUCGUCUACCAACAAACAUAGCGACAUCUCCGCGCUGGAAUCGGACGGUUCGCUUCGGUUCUACUGGCUAGAUUACGUCGAGCAGGCAGGUCGGGUCUACUUGGUCGGGAAACUCAGAGACAAGGCCAGCGGAGGUUGGGUAUCUUGCUGCGUAACUGUCGAAAAUCUGGAACGCAAUCUUUACGUCCUCCCGCGAGAGAAACGCGCGGAGUAUGUGGAUGGAGACUUGGUUGAGACCGACGAGCUCACAGAUUUGGACGACGUGUAUACUGACUUCGACUAUGUGCGAAAGCAAAUGAAGAUCAAGACCUGGAAGGGAAAAUUCGUCAACCGAAACUACGUCUUCGGUAAACCAGGCGUUCCUCGCGAGACGAAGUGGCUCAAGGUCGUGUACCCUUUCACGGAACCCGAAAUACCUAGCUCCGCUUGCAGCGCAAACAUCUCUUGUGUCUUAGGUACUUCUACAAGUGCAUUCGAACUCCUUGUCAUCAAACGGAAAAUUAUGGGACCUUGCUGGCUAGAAAUCAAGAAUCCUCAAGUUGACAACAAGGGGGUAUCAUGGUGCAAGUUCGAAGCCACCGUGUCCGAUCCCAAAGACCUAAAUCCGUUCGCGGAGUCAGACUCUGAAGCACCAAAAGAUAUACCUCCGCUCACAGUCAUGAGCCUGAGCCUACGCACGAUCGUCAACCACAGGGAUAAUAAAUGUGAGAUUGUUUGUGCGACGGCUAGGAUUUGGAAGAGCAUGGACAUUGAUGAUCAAACGCCUCCCGAGCAGCAGCCAUGUAGUGUUCAUACUUUCGUUCGCCCUCUGGAUGGCUUCCCUCCCAAUUUUGAGCAAAAGGCUAGGGAAAAUCCCAAGUGCCUCAUUACUUCCGUCAAGAACGAGCGAAUGCUGCUCAAUAGCCUACUGGUUACCAUCUACAAAGCUGAUCCAGAUGUGAUCGUUGGUCACGACUUUCUGGGCGUGUCUUUGGAUGUCCUUCUCAAUCGUAUGAAGGAGCUUAAGGCCGACCAUUGGUCCCGUAUUGGUCGUUUCAGGCGAAGCAAGUGGCCAUCGAUAGGGAGGCAGGGAAGCAACUUGCGUUUCUUGAAUGGACGUAUGUUGUGUGACCUUUCGGGCGACGGCGCAAAGGGCUUGAUCAUGUCUACGACAUGGUCAUUGACAGAGCUGUGCAAAACCUUCCUGAAAGUCGACAGGCAAGACAUUGAUCCCGAUGACACGGCGGGAUACUUCGACUCAAGCGUCAGUUCCUCUGACCGCUUACUGACCUUCGUGAGACAUUGCGAAAUGGAUUCCCAUUUCCAGAUGGCAAUCGCCAUGGACGUGCAAAUGUUACCGUUAACGAAGCAACUAACGAAUCUCGCAGGAAACUCUUGGAACAAGACGCUAAAUGGAGGUCGUGCCGAGCGAAACGAAUACAUUCUACUGCACGAGUUCCAUCGUCUAAAGUAUAUCUGCCCGGAUAAGUGGGGUCAGAAGAACGCACCUACACCACCGAAAGAACCCGAACUUGAUGAGAAUGGGCAACCGAUCAAGGCGAAAAAGGAUACCUAUAAGGGUGGUCUGGUCUUCGAGCCCAAACGAGGCUUGUGGGAUAGAUAUAUCCUGGUCAUGGACUUCAACUCGCUUUAUCCGAGUAUCAUACAGGAGUAUAACAUCGAUUUCACCACGGUGGAUGAGAAUGCAGAAAGCAAAAAUGAAGACGGUGUUCCCGAGCCUCCUCCACCUGGUACAACACAGGGCGUUCUUCCACGACUCAUCGCUACCCUUGUCAAUCGGCGUCGUCAAGUCAAAGCCCUCAUGAAAGACAGGAACGUGCCGCAGCACAAGCGAGUGCAGUACGAUAUCAAGCAGAUGGCCCUGAAGCUCACCGCGAAUAGUAUGUACGGAUGUCUAGGCUUCGAGCACUCGCGGUUUUACGCGAAGCCUCUUGCCGCGUUGACAACACACAUGGGUCGUGAAAUUCUCAUGCAAACGAAAGCCCUCGCAGAGAACCUGGGCUUGGAGGUUGUUUACGGCGACACGGAUUCUAUCUUCGUAAACUCCAAUGAAACUGAAUACGAAAAAGCCAUUGCCAUAUCCUUCCAACUCAAGCGCGCCGUCAACGACAAGUACAAACUACUUGAAAUUGACUUGGACAGUGUCUUUGAGCGGCUGUUACUUCUGCAAAAGAAGAAAUAUGCCGCCUUAAAAGUAGAGGACAAGACCCGAAGGGUAGUUGAGGUUAAGGGAUUGGAUAUGAAACGAAGGGAGUACUGUCAGCUAUCUAAAGAUGUCUCUCAGUACUUGCUUGAUCAAAUACUCUCCGGCGAACCGACAGAGAUCGUGGUAGAUAAGAUCCAUGAAUACCUCACAACAAUGGGGGAGAACAUUCGAGGCGGACGAGUAAAGGUCGACGAUUUCAUCAUAUUCAAGAGAUUGGGCAAAAAUCCUGAUGACUACAACGACGCGACGGCGAAGACCCUGCCACAUGUUCAUGUUGCGAAAAAGAUGAAAAGCAAGGGUGGAUCAGCACGAAUGGGCGAUGUUAUCCCCUACAUCUUCUGUAGAGAAAUUGGCGACGUUGAUGGCAAUCCCUCGACAUCACAAGCUGAACGAGCAAAGCAUCCGGAUGACCUAAGAAAGGACGAGUCGACGCUGAUAAUAGACUAUGAGUACUAUAUAGCGCAUCAGAUCCUUCCGCCUAUCCAGCGACUCUGUGAACAUAUUGAAGGAACAGACAAAUCAAGGCUUGCUGAAUCCUUAGGUUUAGACCCCAACCGCUACUCCUACUCCCAGACCCAGAUGGGGGAGGGUGGUAUGGAAGCGGCCUUUUCUCCCUUGGACGCGCAAAUAUCCGACCAGGAGCGUUACAAGGACGCAACUCCCUUCAUGGUCAAAUGCAGAGGCUGCAAGGGCCAAGUCGCCUACGCACCCAUGUACGAAAGAAGCGCAUCAAUCCUCCAACCAGCCGGCCCGUCGUGUCCUGCAUGUUCUUUCACUUUCUCGAUUCCAUCUCUUCUCUGCCAGCUGGAGCACCAGAUCCGCGCUCACAUCUCCAAAUACUACGAAGGCUGGCUAGUUUGCGACGAUCCAACGUGCGAUAACAGGACGCGGAUGAUGAGUGUCUACGGCAAGAGAUGCCUGAGGAGUGGGUGCCGAGGCAAUGUUGGAUUCGAAUACUCUGAUGCUGCUUUGUAUAAUCAACUCCGCUACUACGCUUUCCUCUUCGAUUCGAAGAAAGCUCUCCAAGCGGCACCGAAGAGUAUCAAACAAGACGAACUAAAAAACCUUGCCGCUACCAAUGCUGAGUUCCUAUUCAUCAUGGGCGAAGUCGUAGAGAAAUAUCUUGACCAAUGUGGGAGGAGAUGGGUUGAGCUUGACAAGCUGUUUUCCUUUAUGCGUAUGUGA